AUGGCUCGGAAAAGAAAUAAGAGCAGAACUUUAAAUGUGUCCAGUGGCAAUAACAUCGAAAACAUCGAGGGCUCAAGAUCAGUCACCGACACAGAAUCACAGGAAAACAGGCUCAGUCAAACUUACUUGGAGACAGAGAACACUCUGGCAGCAGGACAGCCAUUACCAAAGAAAAGAAGAACGGAUACGAGUCGUACUCCUCAGUCCACUGUAUCAGUGUGUUUGACAAAUGCCAAACCAAACACAUCAUUCUCAACUUUUAGUAGCAAAGAUAGUAGGCAAACAACAGAGACAAUAUACAAGCAAACAUAUGGGCUGCUUGGAGAGGGUUCUGGAUCAGCAUUUGCAGAUGUAAAUUUGCAAAAUAAAACUAACUAUUUUGAAGUUCUGCCCAUUGAUUUGAUAGAACACAUAUUCUGCCAACUCCCAAUUCUUGAUUUGUGCCUGAACAGCAACAGAGUGUGCCAACAGUGGAAUGACAUUAUUUCAGAUAGAAAGUUUGUGCCAUGGAAGAAGAAAUACCACAUGCUGAAGAAAGGCUAUGGAAAUACUCUGACUGAAAUCAAAGGGAUAAUGGCCAGUGCUGGGAUGUCUCUGCCUUCAAUGUAUCUUAAAGGAUUGAUACGGCACAUGAAGGACUUCAAGCCUGUGACAGCCAGCAAUAUGACCAAGUGCCUCAAGGCACAUCCCAAAUAUGGUUGGGCCACUGCUCUGAUCAGGGAAAGAAUUCCUGAAUGUAUCAAACGUGAGGGCCUUGGAAAUGAGACUCUUGCCGAUAUGUUGGCUUUGGUGUUAGCCAUACUUGCUCAGAAAGCAGAUUUGGUCGAGAUAGCCCAGGUUGCUGCAGAAGCUGUCUCGAGGGUGAACAGAGACAGCGGUAGGGCCCGCGACAAACCAGAUUACGCUGCUGUGCGUCACAGAACUGAAAUGAAAGAUAACCUCCAGUCAUUACGAUCAGAAA